UCCAAUUUCCACAAUGGUUUCUUCUCAAUUAACUGCUUUAAUUGAAAACAAGCCAUUCAAAUCCUCCAAGAACUAUUUCCAAUUCCCAAAAAACCCUCCCAAUGAAACAUCAGAUACUCUUGAAUUGGACUUUUCUGAUACAUUUGGUCCUCUCCCACUGCCAGCUGGCAAUUCUGAAAUUCCAAGCGAUGACCCUGUGGUCAUUUACAGCCGUUCACAUUCUUUAGUGGGUCCCACGCCAUGUGUAAGCCACUUGCUGAAUCUAAGGAAGUUAACCAUAUGUGAAACGGAUGAAUCAUUGGAGGAUUUCAGUGAUGUGAUAGAUAAAGAGAUUGAAGAAGAAGAUUCUGAAAAUGGUUGUAAGGUGAAAACCAUAGGGCUUGAAGAUUUUGAAGUCAUGAAAGUUGUGGGGCAAGGGGCUUUUGGUAAAGUGUAUCAAGUGAGAAAGAGAGAUAGUUUGGAAAUAUAUGCAAUGAAAGUUGUGAGAAAAGAUAAGAUUGUGGAGAAAAAUCAUGCUGAGUAUAUGAAAGCAGAGAGAGAUAUCUUGACAAAGAUUGAUCAUCCCUUUAUUGUCCGCUUCGUUACUCUUUCCAGAGAGGAUUUGGCACGUAUUUAUGCUGUAGAGAUUGUUUCAGCUGUUUCUCACCUUCAUGCAAAUGGGAUAAUGCAUAGGGAUCUUAAGCCUGAAAAUAUACUACUUGAUGUGGAUGGACAUGCAUUGUUUACGGAUUUUGGGCUAGCAAAAGAGUUUGAUGAAAAUGCAAGAUCAAAUUCUUUAUGUGGAACAGUAGAAUACAUGUCACCUGAAAUUAUUCUUGGUAAAGGCCAUGACAAAGCUGCUGAUUGGUGGAGUGUUGGAAUCUUAUUGUUUUGA